UGAGGGAAUUCAUGUCGUCCCAAACAGUCUGUGUCUAUGUGCUAUGAACUGGAGGAGGAGAGAGCCAGAAGAGUGUCAGUAGGAGGCUCAGUAGGUGGCUGGACACCGCAGCGAGAACAUCUUAUCAUCGCUAUCUUCAAUCUCCACUUCAGUAAUGGCGCCCGUUCCACACCUCAUCCACGCUAUCCCUACAUGGAUAGAGGAAAACAAGAAGUUCUUCCUACCGCCAGUCUGCAACAAGAUGAUGCACGGGGAUGGGCAGCUUAAGGUGUUCUAUGUGGGCGGCCCCAAUCAGCGGAAGGACUUCCACAUCGAGGAAGGUGAAGAGUUCUUCUACAUGGUGAAGGGUGAUAUGAAUCUCAUCACCCUACAGAAUGGUGCUUUCAAAGACGUGAUCAUCAAGGAGGGCGAGGUGUUCCAGUUGCCGGGGAAGGUGCCACACUCGCCCCAGCGGUUCUCUGACACAGUGGGUCUCGUCGUCGAGCGGGAGAGAGUCAAGUCCGAACUCGACUGUCUCAGGUAUUACGUGGAGGGAACGACGGAGACGUUGUUUGAGAAGUGGUUCUACUGCAGCGACCUGGCUGUCCAGCUCCAGCCCGUCAUCAAGGAGUUCUUCAUGUCCCAACAAUACAAAACUGGAAAACCCGUCCCUGGAACCAUCUCCGAGAACCCACCAUGGGUCCCCGACGCCCUCAGGAUCGUGGAGGAGCCAUUCUCGCUCGCUAAGUGGCUCAACAAACAUCGUGCCGAGGUGGAUCAGGAGGGUGAGAAGCGGUUGUUUGACCUCAGCUACCAGAGUGACGUGGUGGCACUGGGGCGAGGCUCCCACCAUCACCACCUGGCGGGGGUGGAGACCUGGCUCUGGCAGCUGGAAGGAGAGAGCGAGGUCACCAUCGGGGAGGACACCGUGCUGAUGAGGCCUCAGGAGUCCAUGUUGGUGCGGUCAGACACACCCUUCACACACACACGGAAGGAAGGCUCCUUGUGCCUCUCCGUCGUCAUGGAUCCCAACCAGAAGAAGCGCGCCUUCACUCACCUCAAGUAGCCUCGUCUCCGGCGUGCCCUGGCAGGGGGUCCACCACCGCAGCCAUGAUGACCCUUCCUCAUCACCUGUUUUAACGCUUCAUAAACAACUCUCAACACAAGAAGGGACCUCCACACUUACAUAUAAAGUAUGCAAUAAUUUUCCACAUUCCCCAAUUUUUUUUCUAAGAUAAAUGUUAUAGUAAUUAAUAUGCUAUUUGAUUAUAUAUAUUAUAUAUAUAUAUAUAUAUAUAUAUAUAUAUAUAUAUAUAUAUAUAUAUAUAUAUAUAUAUAUAUAUAUAUAUAUAUAUAUAUAUAUAUAUAUAUAUAUAUAUAUAUAUAUAUAUAUAUAUAUAUAUAUAUAUAUAUAUAUAUUGCUUGUAAUUAUUGUUUACAAUAUUUUUCUGUGAGUUUAGCUCUUAAUGAAGAUUAAAUUAAGUAGCUAAGAGUACUGCCAGCCUUACAAAAUCAAGCUUGAUAUAGGUAAUAUUGAGGCAUCUACAUAUGUACUGCAUCUUUGUAAUCGACAUGUGUUGCAGAUACGAUUAACAAACUAUAAUGUGUGAUUUUUGUUGUUGUUACAUUAUUCAGGUCAUUAUCAGUAUAGGACUAUUAUAUUUUAUGAAGUUCAAUAUAUUUUAUUUUUAAAUGUGUAUUAUAACUUCAUUAAUUAGUGCACAAUUUUAUUAUUUUGUAAUUUAAGUUCUGAAAGUAUAACUAAUAAAUAUAAAAAGUAUUUAUUCAAGA